UUAUUCCUUUUAUGGCAGGUUCCAAUCCACACAGUUGCUGUGCAGAAUGACCAAGUUCUCAGAGGAUGGCUGGCCUGCCCUAAGCUUAACAAAAGACUUGAUACAUUUUAUAAGAGUGCCGAAUUUCAGAAGAAAGAGAAUGAAAGCGCUAAAUUGAGGAAACAGCUUGAAAGCAUUGUAGGCAUUGAGAAAAUUGGACUUGAAGACUUCUACAAUGUGUAUGAUUAUAUCCAUCUUCACCAACUGUAUAACCAUACAUAUCUUAACAUAACUGAUGAGCAGUGGAGAAAGGUAGUUUAUUUCGCAGACUGGGUUGAGUACAAUAAAUACAGCAAGGAAAUGAUUGGCGACAUAGGUGGCGGGAUUUUGGCCAAUGAGAUUGCUUCAAGUUUUAGUGAGAUCGCAGCAAAGAAAAGCAAAAGAAAGCUGCUGUAUUACUCUGCCCAUUAUCCAACAAUGUUUUCUCUGUUUUCUGCACUUGGUUUAAACAAAAUGUCUGACAGUCCUUUGAGAAGAAUACCAUAUUAUGCUUCCUUAGUUUUCUUCGAAUUACUACAUGAUUCUAACAAUGACAAGUUUGUUGUUCAGUUUUCUUUCAAGAAUGGUUUAGAGGAACCGUUGACAAAAUACAGCAUUCCCGAAUGCAAAGACCCAUGCUCUCUAGAUCAGUUUGUUAAACUUGUAAACUCGCUUGCGGUGCGUGACAUUGAAUCAUGGUGUCACGCAUGUGGCAAUACCCAAUUGUCACGCUGCCAAGUCACAGCAUCCGAGUGCCCCACUGUAAGAGAGCCCAAAGUAUCCGGGACUGGUGGCUUUUUCCUGGGAGUGUUUGUCACGCUUCUCGUGGUGAUAUUCGUCACAGCCUUGUGGUAUUUUUGUCUGCGUAAGCGUUGUGUAGUUGCUGGGAGUGGAAGUCGCCCCAGGAGAGGACUUGCUCAUAUGGAGAAUGAGCCGGAUCCUGGUGUUAUUUGACGGUAUUGAAUAGCAGGAAAUUCGUAGCUCGUAUAAAUCACGUUUUUAUCGGAAAAAGUUUAAGAUCAAUGGCAUGGUAUUUGACUUCAAGACUUCACAGAACUGCUUGGGCAUCGUAAUCUAUUUUAAGAAUGAUUUUAGGAAGCUUAAAGACAGCUAGAACAGAAAAAUCGACAACAGUGCUUAGAUUUUGCAAAAGAGCGUACAGCAAAUCACAGGAGCCCUUUAGAAACUGAGUACGGCCACGGGCAGCAUUUUCUUGAAAUGUGUGGCGCAGCAUUGCUGUAGAGUUUUAUUUUCUGGACUAGUUUGACUGAUGAAAAUGUCGAAGACAACAUAUACACUUUUUUAUAGGAACGUCUAAUUUACGAGGAGAGACUGAAUGCUUUUAUUUUUCAUGUUUGACGCGAAGUUGUAAUGAAGUUGUAACUGAAGGCAAUUUUCUCCAAAAACUAUUUUAAGGAAAGAGAAGAACGAAUAAAAUCAAAGAAAGUAACUCUA